AUGUUCCACCUUCCAGUCAGAAGUAGGCUGUGCAAGAGGCGGUGUGUGGAUGGCUACCGCCGCUCUGCCUAUCCUGAACGACAGUCUGUCAGCUUUCCGAAACGCGAGGUGCCCAUCAAGUGGCUACCUGUUGAUAUCAAACACAAAGGCAGUACAAUCUGUACUUUUAUGGACCAUCUCGUCCACUUCCGCAUGCUUUCAAUGCCGACCUCCAUCGUUAUAUUACUUCAGUAA